AUGCCCAAGGGCGUUGUCUAUCAUCGAGAACAAGCUGGGCCCGGCACCAGCGCGCAGGCUUCUUCGCUGCACCAAUACAGUCAGCCUCCUCGCGACGCGACAUUCGAGACCGUGCAGCUGUUUGCUCAGUCGCAUGGGCUCACGCGACAUCUCGACAUCUUACAUAAAGCUGCGUCCAUACUUCAAGAUCCACCUCCUAGACAACCCCAGCCGCUUUCCGAGUCAGAACUACAGGCUCUGCAGGACGAGACGGCGCGAAAAUGGCGCCAACCCAAGAUGCUCUAUUUCACCAUCCUGGUGUGUUCGGUGGGCGCCAUAGAACAAGGCUGGGCACAGACAGGCAUGAAUGGCGCCAACCUGUACUUCCCAAAGGCAUUCGGCAUCGGGUCGAAUAGCAAACACGACACUUUCAUUGUCGGCUUGAUUAACAGCGGCAUCUAUCUCAGCACAGGAGUCCUAGGUGCCUGGCUAUCGGACCCCGUCAACAAUCUGCUAGGUCGGCGUGGUGCAGUCUUCUUGGGAAGCGUUCUCUGCCUCGUUGCCAACCUAGGGUCCUCUAUGAGCAAGACCUGGCCACAGUUAUUGAUUUUCCGCUUCAUCCUGGGUGGUGGCCUAGGUAUCAAUGCGAGCACUGUAUCUGUGUAUGCUGCUGAAUGUGCUCCUACCGUGAUUCGCGGCGGUUUAGCGGUGUCCUGGCAGAUGUGGACGGCCUUUGGACUGUUCUUGGGGUUCAUUGCCAACGCCGCCGUCUACAGCUAUGGCGACAUUGCCUGGAGACUCCAACUUGCAGCUCCUUUCAUCCCAACCAUACCUUUGUUGGUGAUGUUGUAUAUGUGCCCCGAAUCGCCAGCAUGGUAUCUGAAACAUGGAGACCGCUAUGAUCUCGCAUUCCAAUCACUCUGCAGAUUGCGGAACAACGAGUUGCUGGCAGCAAAGGAGCUGUAUGCCUCGCAUCUCCAGAGGAUGGCAAGAUUGAAGAUUGCGGACGAGAACGACGGUUCCUUCCUGCGCAAGGCUUUGGAACUGUUCACCGUGCCUCGCAUCAGGCGAGCCACUACCGCAUCCUACGUCGUGAUGCUUUCUCAGCAGCUGUGCGGCAUCAACAUCAUAGCCUUCUAUUCAUCAACAAUCUUCUCGGACGCGGGAUUCUCUGACUUCAAUGCCCUACUCGCAUCCUGCGUAUUUGGGUUCAUCAAUUUUCUCGGAGCCUUCCCCGCAAUAUGGACCAUGGAUACUCUUGGGAGGAGAUCGCUUCUCCUUCUGACCUUGCCACCAAUGGCAGUAACCAUGCUGGCGGCCGGUCUGAGUUUCAACAUUCCUGCCGACAAUCCUCUGCACUUCGGACUACUUGCGACCUUGAUAUAUGUUUUCUGCGCCUUGUAUUCGCCGGGAAUGGGGCCGGUUCCGAACAGCUACUCUGCAGAAGUGUUCCCCUUGUCGCAUCGGGAGAUUGGCAUGAGUUUUGCGGUGGCUACGGCGAACUUUUGGGCCGCCAUCUUGUCCUUGACGUUCCCGCGAAUCCUUACAGCCCUCCAGUCUCAGGGUGCUUUUGCUUUGUACGCAGGACUGAACGUGGUGGCAGUGGUUCUUGUCUUCCUCUUUCUACCAGAGACUCGCUUGAAAACACUGGACGAGCUAGACGAAGUCUUUUCUGUUCCCACGAGGACGUUUGUGAAGUACCAGACGACCGAGUUCUUGCCAUGGCUGGUGAAACGCUAUGUCAUGCGGGACAAGGAAGCCGAUCUGGCACCUCUGGCUGUCGACGGAGGGUAUCAGGAAAUCGGACAAGACGAUGAUGAGCCCGAGACAUAG